UUCUUAAAUCCAGUGUGCUGUGGCGGUCUCUGAGGUGGCAGGACACCCUCUGCAACCUCAUCUCACUUUUUAAGCCACUCUGAGCCACCACCAAGUACACAAAGUCUAGAUUAUAAAGACGAUAGGCUGCAAAUAGACCCUUCUGCUGGAGGAAAUCCAAGACUUUGAUAUAACUGCUCUCUUUUUGGGGGACAGUGUCUGUCCUGAGAUACGGUGUGAAGGGGAAACUCACACUAGAGUUUUAGAGGAUGGUAGAGCCCACAGGGAGAUGAAAAGAGGAGAUCAACAGAGGUUUGUGAGCGGAACUUCAGAGCUGCAGAAGCCUUUUGUCCUGAGCUCUGCCUGCACAGUUGGACCGGAGCUGACAAUGAAGAUGAGCAUGGAAUGCAGAUGGAUCGGUCAAGACAAGUUUCCAAUAUAGAGCUUCCUGUUUGGAGUUACACCUGAGAGUGACUGUGUCUGAUGGAUUACUGUGUGUUCUACAAGCUGCUGACAUGAAUCUUGAUGCCAGAGAGAUGUGGAAGUGCUCGCCUUCAGGAGAAAUCUGAGACCUGGACGAGCCUGCGAGCACGACAAGAACAUUCAAGUGAAGGAGACAAACCAUGGACUUGUUAUGGUGUGGCAUCGGACCCAUCAGGUCUUUUUAACUCGUUUGUAGCACCCUCUACCCUCCACCCCAUGUCACAUCUUCCCCUGAAUUAUGGAAAUUUUGUGGAAGACGCUGACUUGGACACUGAGCCUGGUGGUGAUGGCUGCUUCUGAAUUUCAAAGCAUCAACAGACUGUCACACAACUCUCAAGAGGAGUUCCUGUCCUACCUGCAGCACUACCAGUUGACUGUCCCGGUGCGGGUGGAUGAGGGCGGAGAGUUCCUGAGCUACACUGUGAAGCACCACCGGCCGGGGAGACGGAGACGGGGGGCGGUGGACCCCAUAAUGGGACAGAUGCCUGCGUUGGACCCGGACCCCCCAGAGUCCCGGCUCUUCUACAGACUGUCCGCCUACGGAAAGCACUUUCACUUAAACCUGACACUCAACCCCCAACUGGUGUCAAAACAUUUCACAGUGGAGUAUUGGGGCAAAGGAGGGAUGGAGUGGCGUCAUAACAUGGUAGAUAACUGUCACUAUGUGGGAUUCUUGCAAAAUCAGCACAGCACGACCAGAGUGGCUCUCAGCAACUGCAAGGGCCUGCAUGGUGUUAUAACAACAGAGGAGGAACAGUAUUUGAUAGAGCCAUUAAAGAACAUAUCCUCCGCCACCUCCGGUGAAAGGAACCUGGAAGAAGCACAGCAACAUGUUAUUUAUAAAAUGUCUGCCAUUCCCUCACCACAAGAGCAUAGCCAGGAUUUCAGCUGUGGCAUUUCAGACCUCAGUAAAAGCAGUGCACCUUGCCAGUUCAGCACACCCUCCCCUGUCCACUCGUCCCCCGCACCCCAAAACGACAGCGAGCAGUCGAACAGCAGCCACCGACAGAGGCGCUCCGUCAGCUCAGAGCGCUUCGUGGAGACGCUUGUGGUUGCCGAUAAAAUGAUGGUCGGUUACCACGGACGCAAAGACAUUGAGCACUACAUCUUGUCCGUAAUGAAUAUUGUUGCCAAACUUUACCGUGAUGCCAGUCUAGGAAAUGUUGUGAACAUUAUUGUGACCCGCUUGAUUGUUCUGACUGAAGAUCAGCCUAACCUGGAGAUUAACCACCAUGCUGACAAGUCUCUGGACAGUUUCUGUAAGUGGCAAAAGUCCAUCCUGUCCCAUCACAGCGACGGCAACAGCAUUCCUGAAAACGGGAUGGCCCACCAUGACAACGCCGUCCUAAUCACUCGGUAUGACAUCUGCACGUACAAGAACAAACCCUGCGGAACCCUAGGCUUGGCCUCAGUGGCUGGAAUGUGCGAGCCCGAGAGGAGUUGCAGCAUCAAUGAAGACAUCGGCCUUGGUUCUGCUUUCACAAUUGCGCAUGAGAUCGGCCACAAUUUUGGGAUGAACCACGACGGGAUCGGGAAUUCCUGCGGUACCAAAGGCCACGAGACAGCCAAGCUAAUGGCCGCUCAUAUAACAGCCAACACCAACCCUUUCUCCUGGUCCGCCUGCAGCAAAGACUACAUCACCAGCUUUCUCGACUCAGGUCGGGGGACGUGUCUGGACAAUGAACCUCUGAAACGAGACUUCCUGUACCCAACAGUGGCCCCUGGGCAGGUGUACGAUGCAGACGAGCAGUGUCGCUUCCAGUACGGAACCUCCUCACGCCAGUGCAAGUAUGGGGAAGUGUGUAGAGAGCUCUGGUGCCUUAGCAAAAGCAACCGCUGUGUAACCAACAGUAUCCCUGCUGCGGAGGGGACCCUGUGCCAGACUGGAAGCAUUGAUAAAGGGUGGUGCUACCAGGGGGAGUGUGUGGUGUUCGGUACCUGGCCUCAGAGUGUGGACGGAGGCUGGGGGCCCUGGUCCUCGUGGGGGGAGUGCAGCAGGACCUGUGGGGGCGGUGUUUCCUCCUCCAUGAGGCACUGUGACAGCCCAGCCCCGUCUGGAGGAGGGAAGUACUGUCUCGGGGAGAGGAAACGUUACAGAUCUUGUAACACUGACGCCUGCCUUGCAGGAUCUCGUGAUUUCCGAGAGAAGCAGUGUGCUGAUUUUGACAACAUGCCUUUCCGUGGGAAGUAUUACAACUGGAAGCCUUACACUGGUGGUGGUGUUAAGCCCUGUGCGCUGAACUGUCUAGCAGAGGGCUACAACUUCUACACAGAGCGCUCUCCUGCAGUCAUAGACGGCACCCGAUGUCAGGCUGACUCUCUGGACAUCUGCAUCAAUGGAGAGUGUAAGCACGUGGGCUGUGACAACAUCCUGAGCUCUGAUGCUAAAGAGGAUCGAUGCCGUGUGUGUGGAGGGGAUGGCAGCACCUGCGAGGCAACAGAGGGACUCUUCAACGAGUCCCUACCCAGAGGAGGCUACAUGGAGGUGGUUCAGAUCCCAAAAGGAUCGGUUCACAUCGAAAUCAAAGAAGUUGCCAUGUCGAAGAAUUACAUUGCUCUGAAAUCUGAAGUGGAUGAUUACUACAUCAACGGAGCGUGGACCAUCGACUGGCCCAGGAAGUUUGACAUCGCAGGGACGGCCUUCCACUACAAGAGACCGACCGAUGAACCGGAGUCUCUAGAGGCGCUGGGUGCUACCACUGAAAUCCUGUUUGUCAUG